AUGUGCAAAAUUUCCGCUCUCGUUUUGGAGGACGACGUUGACGGCUCCGAGGUUUCGACUGACCUCGGGAGCGACGCGCAGGGGUCGCUCGAACGCCAGGCGGGCGAUCGAAGCCAGCCCGCACCGCCGCAGGCGUGCGAGAACCUCGUGAUCUUCGAAUGGGACGACACCCUCUUCCCCACCACCUGGCUCGGAGAGCAGGGCCUCCUCGACGAGGACUGCGUGAUCACCCCGGCGCAGGACGCGCAGCUGGAGGCCCUCGCGGACCUGGCCGCCGUGACGCUCGAGACGGCGAAGAGGCGCGGCGGCGUGGCCAUCGUGACCAAUGCCGAGCAGGGCUGGGUGGAGAUGAGCUGCGAGGCGAUCAUGCCCUCCCUGCAGCCGCAUCUCGCGGGGGUCACGAUCGUCUCGGCGCGCUCGCGCCACGAGAGGCCCGGCUUCUUCGAGCCCACGAGGUGGAAGUGCCUCGCAUUCGAGGAGCUGGUGCGCGAGGUUUACGGCGCCGCCGACCCGUCAGGCGUGGCUGUGCGACGCAACAUUUCCUCGAUAGGCGAUUCUGAGUACGAGAUGGAGGCGUUGAAGUGGAUUGCGACCAGCACGGAUUGCCAUGCAAAAUGCUUGAAAUUAGUUCAGCAGCCUUGCCUUGAGAAGCUAAUGGAGCAGCACGAGCAGCUCGCUAGGAUUGUCGACGAGGUCGUCGACUACCAUGGCAACCUCGACUACAAGAUCGGCGUGUAA